AUGACGUCUUUUGGUGUAAACGAAGACGACUCAAUCAACAAAGGUCGUGCACCAUAUGUGUUUAAGGUUAGUGGUCAGAUUUACCAUUGGAUAGGCUCUUUUUAUCCUCAAGACAUUCAUCACCCCCGUUUUCUCCAAUUGUACAUGUGUGAUAUUGAAAAUGAGAUCGCUAAUAUACUUCGUUCUUUUCAUGAUGGGGAAGUACUUUUGUCUGCAGAAGUUGUAGAAUCCUUAAGUCAUAUGUUACGCACACAUAAUGAGUAUGUUCGUACAUUUAAGACUGCGAAAGAAAUAGCUCAGUCAAUGAAUUUAGAUUCAUAUGGUGUACGUUUAUUUAAUGUUGUACCUGACAGAAGAUAUGGGCCACCAGCCCCUGGAACUUUAGGCUGUAUUAUUUGUGGUGAUGAUGUUACUGGCGCUGUCUAUGACAUUGUCGUCUAUUCAAAGUCUGGGUCACCUCGGCGUGUCAGUAAGCUUCAUCCUACUUACAUGCCUUUGCAGUAUCCAUUACUGUUCCCGUAUGGUGAAGAAGGAUGGUCUCCUAGCUUGCAUCUACAUAUUAAGUCUAACAAAAGGUUAACAAAUAAUAUGUAUUACAGUUAUCAAAUUCAUGAUCGACACACGUACUCUCUUAUUUUACGUGCACACCGUCUUUUCCACCAGUAUUUAGUAGAUGCAUAUACUUGCAUUGAACAAUCUAGGCUUGACUUUAUUGAACACCAUCAGCAACAAUUACGAAUAGAGUACAUCAGCGGUGUUUAUGACGCUUUGUCUAGAGGUGAUUCAGACAGUCAGGUCAUUGGAAAGCGUGUAUUUCUACCUGCAACUUUCGUUGGGGGACCUAGGUAUAUGUAUAAACACUAUCAAGACGCUCUUGCUAUAUGCAAGGUUCAUGGUAAGCCACAAUAUUUCAUCACUUUCACUUGCAAUGUUAAAUGGCCUGAGUAUAGAAGAUACAUGGAUGCUAUUGGUCAACGUGAUAUUGAAAACAGACCAGAUAUCAUUGCACGCAUCUUUAAAAUUAAAGUUCAUGCUUUCAUUAACUUCCUUAAAGAGGACAAAACUUUUGGAGAUGUUAGUGCAUAUCUUUACACAAUUGAAUUCCAAAAAAGGGGUUUACCACAUUGCCAUACAUUAUUAUGGGUAAUGUCACCCUAUACAAUUCAAGAAGGUGCAGAUAUUGAUAAAUACAUAACCGUUGAACUUCCUGAUCCCAUACUUGAACCAACACUAUAUAGGACUGUUACUACAUGCAUGCUACAUGGUCCUUGUGGUUCAUUAAAUAUUAGUGCCCCCUGUAUGGUAGAUGAUAGAUGUAAGAAACGAUUUCCAAAACCGUUCAACCCAUUAACAACUUUUGAUGCAAAUGGUUACGUGCAUUAUAAGAGACGUGUUGGAUCUCGAUUUGAUGCUCACAUCAAUGUUGAAUAUUGUGGUUGGAAUAUGAUGAUUAAGUACUUAUUUAAGUACAUAUCAAAGGGGGUUGAUCGCGUUCGUUUCACUCUUCAAACAUCAGAGGCAAAUACUCCUACUACUUCCUCUACCAUACCUGUCGCAGUAAAUGAAAUCAAGUCGUUUCUUGAUGGUCGGUAUAUAUGUCCACACGAAGCAGCAUGGCACAUCCUCAAUUUCCCCAUUCAUGAACGAGAUCCACCUGUACAAGUCUUGGCCGUCCAUUUGGAUGGGAUGCAACCUACUAUUUUCAAAGAAAGCAAUCAAUUAAGCUCCUUAAUUGAUAACCCAGGUUUUGGUGUUACCACUUUAACGGAAUGGUUGCACAAUAAUCAACGUGAUGGUCGAGGAAUUGACUUGACAUACAAUGAUUACCCUUCUAAAUAUAGUUGGGACACCAAAGAUAAGAGAUGGAUUCAUAGGACUAGCACAAAAAAUACCACCAUUGGCAGACUUGCAUAUGUACAUCCAACAGCUGGGGAGUUAUUCUAUCUACGGAUUUUACUAUUCCAUCAAAAAGGAUGUAAAUCAUUCUAUGACAUUAGAACCGUUCGUGAAUACACGUACUCAACUUUUCGUGAUGCGUGUGAAGCAUUAGGGUUAACCGGUGACGAUAAGGAGUGGCUAACAGCAUUUGAAGAAGCAUCGACUUGGGCAACCUCAUCUCAACUUCCUACUCUAUUCUGCAAUCUACUUUUGUAUUGUGAAGUAGGAAACCCUCUUUUGUUAUGGGAAACCGCAAAACCUAAAAUGGGCGAUGACAUUACCCAUACAUUCACUUCCAAUUCUACAGAUCCAAAUGUAGUUCUACAUGUCUUCUUUCCAUUCUCAGAAAUCGUCUUAUUCUUGAAGAGACUAAUUAUGAUACAAAUCUCUUAA